AUGGAGGACUGCGUGUCCAUGGGUGCCGACGCCCUCAGCUAUUUCAUGAACAUCGGAGUGGAGCUCCGGGAGGGGAAGCCGUUCCACCGCCAGUUGGAGCUGAUAUGCCCCGCGGUCUCCGUGCUCAUCCUCGUGUACUUUACCGUGCGUGGAGCCCUGGGGGCGCUCGACACUCUGCGGGCGGACGCGGAGAACGAGGAGCCGGUGAACCCCUGGAUAGUGAUGGCCUUUGCGAUCUGGGGCAUCGUCUUCGACUGUUUCGCGCUGCGGGCGUUCCUGAGCAGCGCGGACGUGGGCAGCGCCCAGUCCAACAUGAUGUCGGCCCUGCUGCACGUGGGCGCCGAUUUCGCGAGGUCGGUCACCACGCUCAUCGAGUCGGUGCUCAUUAUCGGGUGGCGGAUUUGUUUUGGUUUUGACAGCGUGAGGACCGAUGCUUGGGCUUGUUUGAUGGUGUCUGGCACCAUACUGCUCGGUGCCGUUGCAGCCGUCGUUGAGAUUGCGAGGGACUUCACGGCAAAGGGCUGCGCCUCAAAAGAUGACGCGCGAGAGGUGGCACUGAGAACUCCGAAUUCUGCCUAA